AAGAAAUCCUCAAAAGUGAUUAUCACCUUAAACCCUCUUUGUUUCAAUAAGACAACCCCUUAUCCAAUCCAACGCCUCUUGCAAUUAUCGCCUUAAACCCUCUUUCUCACCAAAAACCCUCAAAAACAAUGAAAAACUGAAAUGAAUCUCUCAAAACAAUGAUUCAAUUCCAACGCAACUUCUUCUCCACGGCAGCUCCUUCUCCUUCUCUUCGCAAUCUCAUGUUUCAACUCAGGUCAUUUCACAAUCCGUUAAUCUCGCCGCCGCAGUUACCGCCACACGUGAAUGUAACUAACUUCGCCGUCCACCGCCGUAACCGUUUUCCUAUUCGUUCAUUCAGUGUUAUCAACAAUGUAACUAACUUCACGAAUUUGAAAUCCGUUAACGUUACGUCUGUUAACGGUUUUGGUUCUCCGUUUAACGGUGUUGGAAGGAUUUCGCCAUUCUCGUCGACUGCGACGGAGAAGAAGAAUAAACGGAAGAAAACGGUAAAAGCUGUUGCAGUUCGUGGUAAGGAUAAGGAUGUGAAAUCUAGUGAAUCUGUGGUUAAAGAUGAUGUUAAGAAUGUGGAUUUAGGGAAAACUGGUUUGAGUGAAGAGAUUAAGAGUGAUGAAAAGGAUUUGAAAGUUAAUGCUGUUAAGAAGAAGAAGAAGAAGCCGGUGCGGAGUAAGAAAAAAGACGAUGUUAAGAUUUCUCCCGCUGUAACUGAUUCGGUGGAAGUGGUUGGUGAAGUAGAAGUUUCGAAAAAAUCGGCUUCCAAAGGGAAGAAGACUAAUUCAAAGGAGAGUUCGUCCAUUAGCACUUCAAAAGAAACACAGGAUAGUUCUGCUUCUACUAGGUCGAAAAAGAAGGAGGUAAACUCUUGCCAGGUUGAUCUGGAGAAGCCACUAGGGAAUUUUACGGGAAAACCAUUGUAUCCACCCGUGGGAAAGUCUGUGAUGGUUGUGGAGUCUGUUACGAAGGCGAAGGUUAUUCAGAGAUACCUUGGUGAUAUGUAUGAAGUCUUGCCAAGCUAUGGUCAUGUAAGAGACUUGGCUUCGAGGUCUGGAUCUGUGCGACCCGACGAUGAUUUUAGUAUGGUGUGGGAAGUUCCCUCAUCUGCCUGGACUCACCUGAAGAGCAUCAAUGCUGCAUUGAGCGGAGCAAACAAUCUUAUCCUUGCAUCAGAUCCUGAUCGUGAGGGAGAGGCUAUCGCUUGGCACAUAAUUGAGAUGUUACAACAACAGGGAGCUCUGCAUAAUAAUAUUUUUCUCGCUAGAGUUGUCUUUCAUGAAAUAACUGAGCAAUCUAUAAAAACUGCUUUGCAAGCACCACGGGAGAUUAAUGUGAAUUUGGUUCAUGCUUACCUUGCACGGAGGGCCCUUGAUUAUUUGAUUGGAUUUAACAUUUCGCCAUUACUAUGGAGGAAGUUACCAAGUUGCCAAUCAGCAGGAAGAGUUCAAUCUGCUGCACUUUCUCUAAUAUGCGAUAGAGAACUUGAAAUUGAUCAAUUUAAACCCAAGGAAUAUUGGACUAUGGAGGCCAUGUUUAAUAUGAAAGAGCAGAGAUUAACCAAGGACUUAACAUUUCUUGCUCACCUGACCCAUUUCAAUUCAAACAAGUUGAAUCAAUUUUCAAUUAUUUCUGGUGAGGAGGCAAGGGAUAUUGAAAGCAAAAUAAAUUCUGCAGACUUUCGGGUUAUUAGCAUGAAAAGAAACAAAGUUAGACGAAAGCCUCCAACACCUUAUAUAACAUCAACACUUCAGCAAGAUGCUGCCAACAAAUUGAAUUUCUCAGCAAGUCACACAAUGAAGCUUGCUCAGAAACUCUACGAGGGAGUUGAACUGACUAGUGGUAUAUCAGCGGGUUUGAUAACAUACAUCAGAACUGAUGGACUCCAUAUUUCUGAUGACGCUGUUGCCAAUAUUCGCUCCCUGAUCAUUGAAAGGUAUGGACAAAAUUUUGUUGCACAAAGUCCACCGAAGUAUUUUAAAAAGGUAAAAAAUGCACAAGAAGCCCAUGAAGCCAUUAGACCGACCGACAUACGCAAGUUACCAUCAAUGUUGGCUGGGGUGUUAGAUGAAGAAUCCUUGAAGCUAUACACACUUAUAUGGUCAAGAACAGUUUCUUGUCAGAUGGAACAAGCUGUUCUUGAGAAGAUACAACUUGAUGUUGGAAAUGCUGAUCAGUCUAUUGUGUUGAGGUCUGCUAGCUCGAGGGUCGAGUUUCCUGGAUACCGGGCAGUGUUUACGGACAUUGUCACUGAAGCUGGACGAGAUAGAGACAGUGAUGGAUCCAAUCAUGAUCUAGCUUUUGAGGUUCUAAAUUCAUUGAAGACAGAUGAUUUGUUACAUCUUGUUCAAACUGAGGCGAGUCAGCACCAUACACAACCGCCACCACGUUACUCCGAGGCAUCACUGGUUAAGAAACUUGAAGAGCUUGGGAUUGGAAGACCUUCAACGUAUGCAAGCACAUUAAAAGUAUUAAAGGAUAGAAACUACGUGACAGUAAAAAGCCGUGUUAUCUCUCCAGAAUUUCGUGGUCGUAUGGUUUCAGCUUUUCUGUCACAUCAUUUUUCAGAGGUCACAGACUACAAUUUCACUGCUGAUAUGGAAACUGAGCUUGAUAAUGUUUCUGCUGGAACAACCAAAUGGAAAGGCCUCCUUGGAGAUUAUUGGACGCGGUUUAAAUCAUAUUGUGACCGUACUUCUGGUGUUCAUAUUCACCAGGUUGAGAAGAUGUUAGAAAAAAAAUUUGAGGAUUAUUUAUUUGGCUCUUUCCCAAACAAGAGUCGUUCGUGUCCAAGUUGUACGGAAGGCACACUGAUAUUUAAAGUAAGUAGAUUUGGUUCUGGCUACUUUAUAGGCUGUGAUCAACAUCCGAGGUGCAAGUACAUUGCUAAAAGAUUAUUAUCUGGUGAUGAGGAGGAGGAUGAUACACCUCAGCCAAACAGCACUAUGAUAGAGGAACCAAAAGUCCUAGGUUUAAAUAGUUCAAAUGAAAAGGUUCUUUUGAAAAAUGGUCCUUAUGGAAUCUAUGUUCAACUCGGAGAAGACGGGAAGGAAUACACACCUAAAAGAACAUCUGUUCCUUAUGUUAAGGAUUUGGACUCUACCACUCUUGAAGAAGCACUUGCGUUACUACAAUAUCCAGUGACAUUGGGUAAGCAUCCUGACGAUGGAAAACCUGUCAUAUUAAAGGUCGCAAAGCUUGGCUAUUCCAUUAGACAUGGAAAGACAAUUGCUCCUGUUCCUAAGAGUAUGAAGCCAAGUGAAAUCACCUUGGAAAAGGCCCUUGAAUUUUUAUCAGAUGAUAAUGUGAAAACUGUUGGUGCGAAGCCCAAAAACGCCAAGUAGUGCUUGCUUGAUGUGCCUGUGAUUUUCUUUCAACUGAUACAUUUUGAUGGAUAUGAAGCCAAGUGAAAUCACAUACGAAAAGGCCCUUGAACUUUUAUUAGGUGAUAAAGUGAGAACUGUUGGUCGGCCCAAAGACCCUAAGACUAAAGUUGCAGAUGUUGAAGCUUUGUAAGAUUUUGACCUGGAUAAAUUAGCAUGAGUUCAGAGUUUUCAUGUGAUUAACAAGACUAACUUAUUGAAUAAGCGACUAGCCAAGUUCGAAGAUUAUGCAACCAGGAGUUGCAACUCAGUCCCAGAUGAGCGAGGGAAGAUUCUUUUAUGGAGCCAAAUGAAGAUUCUUCUAUUGAGCCAAUGUAUACCAGUAGUUGUUCAUCAAUUUUGUUCCAUGUUAUUUUUUGUAUAUAGGCUGGCCAAUCUGAUUUAUUUGAUAGAAGUAUAAUUGUCCUGUUGUUGUACCAAAUGUUGACUUAAGUUAUUAAACCCUGAAAUAAUUUGUUUGACCUAAGGGUUGACAUUCUUUUAUCCUUAAUUUAUAUUGUAAGGAUGAUCAAGCCACUCACCAUAAAUUCACAAUAAAGUAGAUAGAUUAUCUUGUCUUU